AUGCUACCUCAAAAGCUAAGACAGAAUCCAAUUAUGCAACACUCUCUCUACCAUCAUCCAGCUCUUAUCACUCCUCCGCAGAUAGAGCCUAUCUUGAGUGGAAAUCUGCCUCCUGGCUUUGAUUCGAGUACUUGCCGCAGUGUCUAUGUGGGCAACAUUCAUCCUCAGGUUACAGAGCCACUUCUUCAAGAGCUUUUUUCAAGUGCUGGUGCGCUUGAAGGUUGCAAGCUUAUUCGGAAAGAGAAGUCAUCAUAUGGAUUUGUGGACUACUUUGAUCGCAGUUCAGCUGCUAUUGCUAUUGUAACUCUCAACGGGAGGAAUAUUUUUGGACAGUCCAUCAAAGUUAACUGGGCUUAUACUCGAGGCCAGAGAGAAGACACUUCAGGACACUUUCAUAUUUUUGUUGGUGACCUUAGUCCCGAGGUUACAGAUGCAACUCUGUAUGCUUGCUUCUCUGUGUAUUCUAGUUGCUCAGAUGCUAGGGUAAUGUGGGAUCAGAAGACAGGCCGAUCCAGGGGAUUUGGAUUUGUCUCUUUUCGAAUUCAGCAGGAAGCCCAAAGUGCCAUAAACGAGUUAACUGGUAAAUGGCUUGGCAGUAGACAAAUUCGUUGUAAUUGGGCCACAAAAGGAGCUAAUACCAAUGAUGAAAAGCAGAGUUCAGAUUGCAAAGUUGUUGUGGAGUUAGCUAGUGGAGUUUCCGGGGAGAUCACAGAAGAACGGCAAGAAAUUAUCAGUGAUGACGGUCCUGAGAAGAAUCCCCAAUACACCACUGUUUAUGUUGGCAAUCUUGCUCCAGAGGUUACUUCUGUCGAUCUCCAUCAUCAUUUUCAUGCCCUCGGGGUUGGAACCAUUGAAGAUGUUAGGGUGCAACGGGAUAAAGGUUUCGGGUUUGUCAGAUACAGUACUCAUGGUGAAGCAGCCCUUGCUAUACAGAUGGGUAAUGCUCGGUUUCUGUUUGGUAAACCUAUCAAGUGUUCAUGGGGUAGCAAGCCAACUCCUCCAGGAACAGCCUCUACUCCUCUUCCCCCACCAGCUUCUCCGCAUGUACCAGUGCCAGGUUUUUCACUUGCCGGUCUUGCAGCGUAUGAACGCCAGAUGGCUUUGAGCAAAAUGAAUGGCACACACGCCCUUCUGCAACAGCAGAAUCAGCAUGCUCUAAAGCAGGCAGCCAUGGGAAUGGGUGCUCUUGGAGCUGGGUAUGGUGCAGGAUUCUCUAAUGUUGCCGCCGCCCAGAAUCUCAUGUACUAUCAGUAA